AUGGCAAAUCACGAAGAAUUAGUCUCGCAAUUUGUGGACGUAACUGGAACCGACAGAGAAAGAGCGCAAUUUUAUCUCGAGUCAUCGGCUUGGCUACUCGAGGUUGCCCUAGCUAGUUUUUAUGAGAACGAUGAACAAUCAGUUUUGGGAAGCGUGCCAGUAGAAGAUCUAGUCAAUAUGAAUGAGUCGAGCAUGAAUCCAGAUGACGAUGCUAGCGAGGUAGCAGGAUCUAAGGAAUCCUCCACAGCAGAGCGAAAGUCUUCGAAACCAAGAUCCAAACCAACGCCAAGGUUUGGGACUAUUACUGACCUUCAAAACAGAGAAAGUAGCUCCGACGAGGAGGAGGGUCAGGCUUUUUAUGCCGGUGGUUCGGAACACAGUGGGCAACAGAUGUUAGGGCCAGGAAAAAAGAAAGAUAUUAUCAGUGAUAUGUUUAAAUCUUGUCAGAGCCAAGCAGUCUCUGUAGAACAUAAAACAGGUGGACAACAAAGACCAAAUACAUUUGUCGGCACUGGCUACAAGUUGGGUCAGACAAGUAGCGAUACAGAGGUUGUUUCAGCAUCCCCAUCUGGACAGCAGUCCAACUCGGGUUUAAUAACGUUGAAAUUAUGGAGAGAUGGGUUUACAAUAAAUGAUAGAGAAAUUAGACCAUACAAUGAUCCAGUUAACGAUGAAUUUCUAUCCGCUAUAAAACGUGGGGAGAUUCCCAUGGAAAUUCGCCGAGAAGUGCAAGGGGCAGAGGUACGACUGGACAUGGAAGACCAUCGCCAUGAAGAGUACGUCCCCCCCAAAGUAAAAGUCAAGGCAUUUACUGGUAAAGGCCACAUGCUAGGAAGCCCAUCUCCAGCUACUGUCGGCAUGACAGUCCCAACCGACCCAGCGGAUCAGGCUGCCAAUGAAACACAGGCCAAAAGGGAACUGAACUUGAACACUGCUGAUCCUAUGACCACAAUUCAAAUCAGACUUGCCGAUGGCAGCAACGUUCGAGCCCAAUUCAAUCUAACGCACACCAUCGGAGAUGUGAGAAGAUAUAUCACGACCAUGAGACCGCAGUACGCGAGUCGCGAUUUCAGCCUCUUGACAACCUACCCGACGAAAGAACUAUCGGACGAGGGUAAAACCAUCGAGGAAGCCGGUCUUCAAAACUCUGCCCUGAUGCAACGACUGAAAUAGACUGUAUAUGCCUAGCUGCUCGAUUACGGUAAAAAUGUAAGGAAUUGUCUACCAAAUAUAUGUUUCAACGAUCGAAAUGGAAGUUCCAUUGCUUCGCCACUGUCAGAAGUGCUUCGCACUUAUCGUACGGAACGUUCGAGUCAGAGAGAGAACGAGUCGAGACACUAUCGUAAAGCUAAUAUAUAUUAACAGUUGUGCGUGCGACGCGUAUCGGUUUAUUCACAGCGAGAUUACAAAUUAUUUACAAAAAUCCAGGCAAACUGAUCUGAUCUAAUAAUACCGCCUAACGUAACAUUUGCGUAGAAACCGUGAUAUGCCUCUUGAUGCUUCGAAAUUGAAGCACAACCGAGCUAAAUGAUCUCUGUACAAGAUCUAUAUUCUCGCCUACUAAUCACACUUAUUUAGGUCUCACGUUUCUUAUCGAUACUCAAUCUUCUCUUGCAAAUGUGCAAGGUGACAGAACGCAUCGAUCGUUGUUAAAAUAUAUCGAUCUAAAUACCGUACUGCAUUGUAAGGAAGGUACUGUAAGAAAUGGACGUAACCUAGCUGAGAAGCUAAAUAUACACAGACACGGUUUUCUAUAAAAAUAAAAAUAUGACAAUGUA